AUGGUUUCCAACGAAAUCUACUUACUCCCUCUCAAGGAUGAUGGGAGUCCCGAGGUAUCUGGGGGAUAUAUCUAUCUUACUCCCAAAGGCACAGAGCCAAUAACUGUACGUUUCGCUAUCGAAGGAACAUCUUCGAUAUGUCGGCAAGGCAGUCUCUGGGUAAAUAUUCCAGAGAAAGGUGCUGAGUUUCAAAGAGAGCAGUUCCGUGAAUUCAAAUUGGAACCAGACUUCAAUCGUACCAUUGAAAUUUCGAUACCCAUUCUUUCGGCUGGCGCAUUCGCAUUUUACACUACAUACAAAGCUCUGCCGGACUUGGAUGAUACGAACACUGCUUCUGUCGAAACCACCAAAUCUCCAGUAUAUUAUAUUGAUGUUGCUCCAACAUUGAAGCUGGAAGGCAGGCAAUUGCCUUUGCCUGCAUUGUCAGUCUUCUCCGUCGUUUCGAAAUUCAUGGGGAAGUACCCCAAGGAUUGGGAGAAACAUUUGCGUGGGAUUAGUGAGAGGGGAUACAACAUGGUCCAUUUCACCCCCUUGCAAAAGCGUGGCGUCUCAAAUUCUCCAUACAGUAUAUAUGACCAACUCUCAUGGGAUCCUGAGUGUUUCCCUAAUGGCGAGAAAGAUAUCAAAAAGCUGGUAAAGAGUAUGGAAGUUGACCAUAGCCUAUUGGGGUUGACUGAUGUGGUUUGGAAUCAUACCGCGAACAAUAGCGCAUGGCUUGAGGAGCAUCCAGAAGUUGGCUACAAUGUGUCAACAGCACCAUGGUUGCGUUCGGCCUUGGAAUUGGACACUAAAUUGCUCGAAUUCAGUAAAGAUCUCGCCAACCAAGGUCUUCCCACUACACUAAAUUCUGUUGAUGAUCUGGUAAAAGUGAUGGCUGGCGUCAAAACCGAAGUCAUUGCCAAACUUCGGCUGUGGGAAUACUAUGUUGUUCAAAUCGAAAGAGAUGCAGAUGCAAUAGUCGAAGCUUGGGCGGCAAACAAGGUUUCUUUUCCAGAGGGCGGGUUUGGUGGAUCUGGUGUUGGUGGUCUAGAAGCCAUUAAAGAUGCUUCGGUCGCGGAGCAGGCGACUUUCUUGAGAGAGAAGGGAAUGGUGAACACUGAUAGACUUGGAGAAAGAUACAGAAGGAAGGUAGACCCUGAAGUUGGUGCUGCAUUGCUCACCGCUUUGUUCGGAAGAUUCGAAGGCGAUCACUCAAAUAGUGCCGAUCGAGCAGAAGCACGAAGCCGUUUGACUAAUAUUUUAGAUGAAGUCAAUCUUCCAUACUACAAAGAAUACGACGGUGACGUAGCCGAAAUUCUCGAUCAGCUAUUCAAUCGCACCAAAUAUGUCCGACUUGACGAUAACGGUCCAAAACUAGGUGCAAUCGACGAAAAGAACCCUCUCAUUGAGUCUUACUUUACCAGAUUACCUCGGAAUUCAACUACCUCGAAGCAUAAUCAAGAGGAUCUUGCUUUGGCAAACAAUGGCUGGAUAUGGGCCGCGAAUGCGCUUAUUGAUAAUGCUGGUCCAAAAUCUCGUGCGUACCUGCGCCGUGAAGUCAUUGUCUGGGGUGAUUGUGUCAAGCUGCGUUAUGGAGAGUCUCGCGAAAAUAGCCCCUUUUUGUGGGACUUUAUGGCAAAAUACACACGUCUCAUGGCCAAAUAUUUCACUGGAUUCCGCAUUGACAAUGCACACUCCACGCCAAUACACGUCGCCGAAUUUCUUCUAGAUGAGGCAAGAAGAGUCAGACCCAAUCUUUAUGUAGUAGCAGAGCUCUUUACGGGUUCGGAAGAAAUGGAUUACGUCUUCGUUAAGCGACUGGGUCUUAGCUCGCUCAUUAGGGAAGCAAUGCAGGCUUGGAGUACCGGAGAAGUUAGUCGUCUUGUUCACCGUCAUGGUGGCAGACCUAUCGGCAGUUUUGAGGUUGAUGAUGUCUCUGGAGCCGAUAAUAAGACACCCAAUGGUAAAACCAAUGGAUCAACUCCUGCUAAAGAAAUCAUUCGCACCAUCCGAUAUACUCCGGUUCACGCCCUGUUCAUGGACUGUACUCAUGACAACGAAGUUCCUGCCCAAAAGCGUGAUGCCCGAGACACUUUACCGAAUGCUGCAUUGGUUGCCAUGUGUUCUAGUGCGAUUGGUAGUGUCAUGGGUUACGAUGAGAUCUAUCCAAAAUUAGUCGAGAUCGUUCAUGAGACGAGAUUUUACACUUCUGCUUCUUCGGAAAAAGAAGUUAUGACUGGAGCUGGAGAAGGAGGUAUUGGUGGUGUUAAAAAGCUUCUCAAUCAAAUCCACAGUAUUAUGGGUAAGGAUGGGUACGCAGAGACUUACAUUCAUCACGAAGAUCAGUAUAUAACUGUUCACCGAGUCCACCCCGAAUCAAGAAAAGGCUACUUCCUCAUCGCACAUACAGCUUUCCCUGGCUACGGUAACGGAAAUGGAGGGUUCAACCCAGUUCAUCUUGGAGGUACUAAGGCUAGUCAUCUUGGCAGCUGGAUGCUAGAAGUCGAUACUUCUGACGAGGCCAAGAGUGAGGUAUCAGAGGACAAGAAAUAUCUAAGAGGAUUGCCUAGCAAAGUUAGCAAUCUGCCCGGAGUCCGUAUGGAAUACAAGGAUGGAGAGACGACAAUUUCCGUCCGAGAUAAAUUCCCACCUGGAAGCAUUGCAUUGUUUGAGACAUGGAUACCUGCGGCUGAGCAUGCGACCGGUCUCGAUACCUUUGUCACUUCUGGAGCGAAGGCCGCAUUUUCAGAGUCAAACCUGAUUGAUCUCAACUCCGUCCUCUAUAGAUGUGAGGCAGAAGAACUCGAUUCUAGUGAGGGCAAAGAUGGAGUAUACGAUAUCCCUGGCUACGGAAAACUCGUGUAUGCUGGCUUACAAGGUUGGUGGAGUGUCCUCGAGAAUAUCAUCAAAGACAACAAUCUGGGACAUCCCAUGUGUAAUCAUUUGAGGGAAGGACAAUGGGCACUCGACUACAUUAUUGGUAGAUUGGAGAGAAUAUCGAGCAAGUCUGGUCAUGAUCGUCUACAGAAACCAGCAAUUUGGUUGAAGGAGCGUUUCGAUAAAAUCCGGAAAAUGCCAAGUUUCUUACUUCCGCGUUACUUUGGACUUGUAAUUCGUACUGCCUAUCGAGCUGCCUGGGAACGAAGUUUGGCACUCAUGAAUGAUAACGUUCGUGAAGGACAAUGGUUCUUGCAGGAUUUGGCCAUGGUAAGCGUGCAACAGACAGGAUAUGUCAAAUCUGCAUCACUGUACCCCAAGAAGGCCGUACCAUCUCUAGCAGCUGGCUUGCCACAUUUCGCAGUCGAAUGGGCCAGAUGUUGGGGCCGAGAUGUUUUCAUUUCUGCAAGAGGUCUUUUCCUUGGCACAGGUCGCUAUGAUGAAGCAAGAGAGCAUAUUCUCGCAUUCUCAAGUGUCUUGAAGCAUGGCAUGAUACCCAACUUAUUGAGCAGUGGUAACUUGCCACGUUACAACUCUCGAGAUUCAAUUUGGUUCAUGCUACAAACAAUCCAAGAUUAUACAAAGAUUGUUCCUAAUGGUAUAGAUCUCUUGAAGGAGGAGGUACCUCGUCGGUUCUUGCCAUAUGAUGAUACAUACUUUGAUUCCGAUGAUCCAAGAGCAUACUCAAAGACAUCAGUCUUGGGAGAUAUCAUCCAAGAAUCCCUCCAACGUCACGCAUCUGGAAUGUCGUUCCGUGAAGCAAAUGCCGGCCCCAAUCUGGACAUGCAGAUGAGCUCUGAGGGAUUCAAUAUUGACAUCAAGGUUGAUUGGUCAACCGGUCUCAUAUUUGGCGGUAACCAAAAUAAUUGUGGUACCUGGAUGGACAAAAUGGGCGAAAGCGAACGAGCAAAGAGCAAGGGAGUACCGGGUACACCCCGUGACGGUGCCGCUAUUGAAAUCACUGGUCUCCUCUACAGUACUCUUCGCUGGGUAGCUGAACUUCACGAGAAAGGGACGUACAAGUAUGCUGGUGUCAGCACUUCGGAUUCAUCCAUGCAGGUUAUCACUUUCUCGGACUGGGCGGACAAAAUCAAGGAGAAUUUUGAACGUUGUUAUUACGUUCCAUUGGAUUCUAAGGACGAUUCGAAGUAUGACGUGAACACCCCUAUCGUAAAUCGAAGAGGUAUUUACAAGGAUCUGUACAAGUCUGGUAAAGAGUACGAAGAUUAUCAGCUUCGAUCAAAUUUCCCUAUCGCCAUGACGGUUGCCCCAGGACUCUUUGACGAUGCUCAUGCUCUCAAUGCCUUAUUUCUUGCGGAUAAGGUACUUCGUGGUCCUACUGGUAUGGCGACUCUUGAUCCUGCUGAUCUUAAUUACCGACCAUACUACAAUAAUUCCGAGGAUAGUGAAGAUUUCGCAACUUCGAAAGGCAGAAAUUAUCACCAAGGUCCAGAGUGGUUAUGGCCGACUGGUUUCUUCUUAAGAGCCUUGUUGAAAUUUGAUCUCAAGAGAAGAAAGACUCCAGCGGCUAAAACCGAAGCUUUCCAACAAAUUACUCGCAGGUUAGCUGCUUGUAAGGAAGCUAUUGUCAGUACUGACUGGGCUGGCUUGACGGAAUUGACAAAUAAAAAUGGUUCUUAUUGCGGCGAUUCGUCACCAACACAAGCUUGGAGUGCUGGCUGUCUCAUUGAUUUGUACCAUGAUGCUGCGCAAUAUGAUGUUUCUCAAUUAUCAGAAUAG